GUCACGUUAUCACUUUUGGGGUUAUUAAGGUCGAAUGCAGUGAACCUUCUAAAAAUUAAAUUCCAGCAGGAAAAUUCCCCCACCAAUCCCCUCACACCCUCGCCCACGUGAGAAUAUUCCUUCCUGGAGAAUUCCGGUACUGCGUCUUGGAGAAUAUUCCAAGUGGGAAUAUUAUUGUCUUGAAGUUUUUACUGUACACACACGCAUGAUGAGUCACGACAAAACGCCAAACACACUGGGCGCGACGGAUUUAUAGAAAGAGUUACACGACAAAAAAAACGAACACAAGUUGUAAAUUAUCAGAUCAAUACGAGUUGUAUAAUUCCCCUGAAAGUGCAAGAAUUGCAUUAAACUGUUUUUCCUUAUUUUCUAGCUAGACUAGAAACUUGUAAAUGUCAAUUGUAACAAUUGAAUGAAAAACUUCAACGGAAAUGAAUCAAUUUGUUGCUGGUUUUCACUCGUAAGACGAUGGAAACUGUAUUAAUUGUAUGAAUAAUUCAGUGAGUUCGUUGUCUAGAUAUUUUUCCGAUCAACUCAAUUGUUGAUGAAAAUAAGUGGAAAUAAAAAAUUGUCAACUUGUGGUACGACACUGGGCUUGUCGACUUCAGUAGUAGUGCUCUCUACCAGCUGGCAUCUGGCAAUAUGUCUGUUGUCAGCCAAAUAAAACAUUAUCAGCAAAGUAUUGAAAAAUGCUCGAACAAUGAGUCGAGACUUCUCCACUGCAUUGAAAAGCUCUACAAACUCCCAGUGACAGUGCAGCACCUUCAGGACACCGGAGUAGGCAGAACAGUGAAUGCCCUUCGGAAAUACGAGGGCACAGUUGGUGAUGCAUCGAAGGCACUAGUGGCAAAAUGGAAAACAAUGGUAGUAGACGAGGAGAGCAGUGAUGCCGAGGAUGAUGACGACCAGAAUCACCCGGACGUGCCCGAACCCUACAGUGAUAAUUCAGACCUGGGGAUGGACAAACCCCCCACCCCCGAUAAGCCAGACAAAACAUCAGAAAGAAAUUCCCACAGAAAGCACGAUUCCAAGCACAAUCACCACCACCGCUCCUCUGACUCCAGACUUCGAGAGAAUUCACGCUCCAAAAGCGAAAAAAAGUCCUCUAAAUCAUCGCAAGACUCAUCGAGGGAGAAGAGAGAGAAAAAUGACAGGGAGAAAUCAAAGCCGGCAAAGGAGAAAGAGAGACACAGCUCAAAAAAAGAGGAUACUGAAGAGUCCCAGAAAAUCCACAGAUCAGAUAUCCCAAAGAAAGAGCCCAAGGAAUCGGUCCUCCAUCUGUCGAAAGAGAACAAGCAGGUGAAUGGCAGUGAUCAAAGUCGAAAGCGAAAGCACGAGUCUCCAACCCCCCCAGCAAUUCCGGAUAAACGAGCCAACAAUUCCACAGAUGAAAAUUCAGAUGCUGAAGAGCAGAUCCUCCCUCAACUCUCCUCGACUCCCUCUUCUGUCUCUUCCAGCAUGAAAUGUGAGAGUCCAACCCCGAAAUCCGAAGCAAACAGAAAGGACUCAAAACGAGAGAAGCACGUGGAAAAGUCGCGAUCAAAUCAUCACAAACAUCGUUCAGACAAAUUCGAUGAAAAAAGCAAAUCAACUCGCGACCACUUGGCCUCGUCGUCCUCCUCUUCUCGCCACAAAUCCUCAAAAGAUGAAAAAGAGCAAAAAUCCUCAGUAGCUUCAUCAUCAAAAUCCAAGGACCAGAAGAGUAAAUCUCCAAGCAAGAAAAAAAUAAAGAAACACUUGAACGAGGACGAGGGCAUAGACUGCAAUUCAGGGGCGACAUUUGCUGAGGCCCUGGGCAUGUGUUCAGCCCCUCACGUGAGGAAGAAAUCAGCUCCAGUCUCUCCCAGCUCACCAGUGAUGAAAUCCAAAGCGGAAUCCAAUGCUUCGACCUCGAAACAAAAAUUAAUAAAGACUGAAAACGUAGCCAAGGAGGAUGGAUUAUCACUGCUAGGGCCAAACGUCAAAUUAGAGCCACUGAGUGUUGAUCUCGCCUCGACAUUACCAGAGAUUAGCGCCAAUUACAAGCCACUGCCAGUCAAUAAUUACCUCAACAAUACGGUGCAUCGAAAGAUGGAGGAGGAUAAGGUACUCAAUGAUGCGAUUUACGCUAAGAACAUGAGGACAAAGGUUUACUCAGGGAAUAAAUCAGGAUACACGAGCGUCCCCAGCCUCUACGAUCUCUGCAUCAGGAUUUUGAUUGAGAAUAUUGAUGCCCUGGAGGCCACUGGAGGUGUGCCCUAUGAUAUUCUAAAGCCCGUCUUGGAGAGGGCCACACCCGACCAACUCUUCAUGCUUGAGCAUCAUAAUCCUUACCUCAUUGAGGACACCGAUUCACUCUGGCAGUUUCAUUGUAACAGAGAGUUCCGGAACAAGCAGAGGGAGGAGAUGGAGAGCUCGAGGGAAAUGUACAUGAGAUGUCUUGAUGAGAGGGAGGCCAAAUUAAAAACUCUGACUGCUAAUAUCAAACAGUCUAUUGAUAAAUCAGUGCCUGUAAGGUCUGCUAAGUUGGCUUUCGUCGAUAAUUUUGUUAAACCUCCUAGAAAUGUUCUCAGGAAGCAGGCCAAGUAUGGCACUGCUCGUUCUUCAACAUCUACCUCAGAUCUAAGGAAGAAGAUUAUUACUGGGGGACAUGCUGCUACUAAUAUUGCUGUUCCACCACCACCUGUGUCCAGAGUUAGAACAUCUUCUUCUGGAAUUGUUAAGAAAAAUAAAGCACCGCUCAUGGCAAAAGCCCUGCAGCUAAUCAAAGGACGAUACAAGCGAUAAAUAACUCAUCUGCAUGAUGAGUCUUCUCUGUUUUAGAAAUUUUCAAACAAAUUAUUUUUUAAUUCGCCUAUUUAUAAUUCUAUCUUGUGAUUCGUCAAUUCUUGUCAGGUACGUGUUUCGAAAUGCACGUCGUCAAAUUAGUGAUAAUCAUGUAAUUGUUUCAGGUCCAUGUGUCCAAUGACUCAUGUAUUUUUUUAUGGCUUGCAUGUGUGAAUUCUUUCACGUCUAACUAGACGUAAGUUGUAGUUUUUUGAUCGGAGCAUGGGGAGAAUGGAAUGUGAAAUUUCGAAAAAAUUAGUAAAAUUGUGCUACCAAGUUAUUUCAUUGUUGGAUCAAUUAUUUUCAGCUUCGCUGAACUCAGUAAAAAUACAUCACUAUUAUCGAUAUUUAUUUUUUCAAUGAUUAAUCAAUCGAUUGAUCCUCUAUAAUUUUAAAUAGUUUCCUUAUUGUAAGAAAUACUCGAUUGUAGAAUUAUUUUUGUAGAGUCAAACUGGUGUAAAUAAUGUAAAAGUUGAAAAAAAUUAAAUGUAUAAUUGAAAAAAAAACAUUGACGGUGAAUGGGAUUUAAUGAUUGCAGAGGAAAAAAUAAAGAAGGGAAAAUGAUUAGAGAAAAAAAGAAAAAAAAAUUGUAUUCAAUGUGUAAUUGUACAUAUACAGGAUUGAUGUAUCUACAAAAAGUUCCUGUUUUUAAGAAGAAUUUGUGUAAUUACUGUUCGGGGCAGCCCAUAUUACAAUUUAUCAUUCGGAGACUAAAAUAAAAAGUACACUUCUUUGAUGCGAA